GGUUUAAUCAAACAUGCCUUUAAAAACAGGAAAGCAAAGCGUGUCUGAAGCAUUACCAAAAGGAAACCUUCCACUACCUUGUUUUGUUUUUUUACUUCUUUUUAAAAAUCUGUUUGGGCAGAAAUAUAGGAGCAAUUUGUUUUGUGUUUAUUUUCGAUUUGGUUUGAGAUGGAAAGAGAUUUUCUGGGCUUCAGCGACAAGCAGUACCUGAAUAACGUUGACGAUGAUCGUGUCGGAGAACGAGGUUCCAGCACGAAAGCAGCUAGACAGUGGGGCCCAGAAUCUGCGGCCAGCAUUCACCGCAGAAGCCAGUAUAGCGGAGCGUUUCAAAACGCGAAUCCUCAGCUGACUAUCUUCUAUGCUGGAACCGUUUGCGUCUUUAAUGACAUAUCUCCGGAUAAGGCUCAAGCCAUUAUGUUAUGUGCCGGGAAUGGUUUGAAAAUAGACAAUGGAGAGAGCAGAUUGAAGAAACCUCUUAUAGAAACUGAAAGAGUCUAUGGAAAACAAUUCCAUAACGCUGCUACUGCUGCUGCAUCAUCAAGCUCUGCCACUUACUGUGAUAAUUUCUCUAGGUGUGGAGACAGACCCGUUGGUGCGACUAAUGCAAUGAGCAUGAUCGAAUCGUUCAACGUAGAUCCUGGCUAUAUGAUGCCUUCAGUUCCUCAAGCUCGUAAAGCAUCGUUGGCUCGGUUCCUGGAGAAGCGCAGAGAGAGGCUCAUGAAUGCAAUGCCAUACAAGAAGAUGCUUCUUGAUUUGUUGACAAGAGAAUCGUAUGGAAUGAAUUACUCUUCUGCUUCUCAUACCUAAAAGGCUAAAACCACCUUUCUUCUUUGUUUUUUUUUUCUUUCUCUCUGAGGUUGUUACAAUGGUAAUUUGAAAUGUUAACAGUUGAGAACAAAUGCAAAUCAAAUCUGAAGACAGCAACGAACUUAUAAAAAAAACAUAUUGAAGCAAAUAUUUGUUUAGGGGAUUGUAUAUUAUUAUGUAAAUGAAUAAUUUUACAAUCUUUUAAAUUAUU